AUGACAAUCUAUAUCAUGGUCCACAGAGUAGCUGAUCAUAGCUGCAUAAUAUCUGCAAUUCUGUUAAAUCUACAGAUUUGCAUUAGGAUUUUAUGUAGUUUGUGCAUGUAUGUUGCUGGAAUAAUCUCGAAAACGAUGUCACUUGGAGUUCAAGUGUGUGAGAUGGUGAAGGAGACUGUUAAGUACUUGGCAGGAGUUGCAGGUCUGAGUGGUUAUGGCUCUAGCACAACUGCAGAGCAAGUGGUGGCACAAGAAUUCCGGUCUUGCUCUCGUCUUACUGCGAUUAUUACUGGAGCAACGUCUGGGAUCGGAGCAGAGACAGCAAGAGUGUUAGCCAUGACAGGGGUGAGAAUUGUGAUUCCAGCUAGAGACUUGAAAAAGGGUUAUCAGGUUAAAGAAAGGAUACUAAAGGAGAAUCCAGAAGCUGAGAUUAUCUUGCUGGAGAUUGAUUUGGGCUCCUUUUCCUCUAUCCAGCGAUUUUGUUCGCAGUUUCUGUCGCUAAAUUUGCCCCUCAACAUCCUAAUAAACAAUGCUGGCAAAUUCGCAAAUAAAAUGGAGCUGUCUGAAGAAAAAGUUGAAAUGACUUUCGCGACCAAUUAUCUGGGACAUUUUUUGCUAACGGAAUUGCUGCUGGAGAAAAUGGCAGAGACAGCAGCAGAGACAGGGAUGCAGGGAAGAAUAGUAAAUGUUUCAUCUGUGAUUCAUAGCUGGGCCAAAGGACACCACUUCAAAUUCAACCAAAUGUUACAGCCAAGCAAUUAUAACAGCACUCGUGCAUAUGCUCAAUCAAAACUGGCUAAUAUAUUGCACGCAAAGGAACUGGCAAGACAAAUGAAGUUGAGGAAAGUGAAUGUCACUGUGAAUGCAGUACAUCCGGGCAUCGUCAAGACUGGGAUUAUCAGAGAUCAUAAAGGCUUCAUUACAGAUACUCUCUUCUUCGUGGCUUCAAGAUUUUUAAAGUCGAUACCACAGUGUGUAUUACUGUCACAAGGGUGCAUCUACCACAUGCUAUGUUGCUACAAGUCCACAGGUGGAGGGAGUAAGUGGGAGAUAUUAUGCAGACUGUAAUGAGAUGCAGUGUUCAUUACCUGCAAAUGAUGAUGCUCAAGCACUUGACCUCUGGAGGCAAACUCAUGCUUUCAUCCGCCAACGAUUGCGGCGAUAACAGAGAGAACUUAAACAAUCUGCUUGAUUGAAAGCACAUUUUACAUUGGUAGCUAAAAUGUAAAUACAUCUGUAUCGGUGUAUAUAACUAUCUUUGAUUAAUUCAGCAAAUAAUCUAAGCAGUACACAUAUUGAUUAA